CGCCGGGGCCGCCCGCCGCCGCCUUCAGCACCAAGGACAGCGCCAGCACCAAGGACAGCGCCCGAGCCGGCGGCUGCUGCCGCCUCUGCGUCUGGAUCCUCCAGUCCCUCAUCCACCUCCUGCAACUCGGCCAGGUCUGGAGGUACCUGCGGACCCUGUACCUGGGUCUCCAGAGCCGCUGGCAGUCGGAAAACCGCCGGCGGCACUUCUACUGGAGGAUGAUGUUCGAAAGCGCCGACAUCAGCAUGCUGCGGCUCCUGGAGACCUUCCUCAAGAGCGCCCCGCAGCUGGUGCUGCAGCUCAGCAUCAUGGUGCAGCAGAACAGGAUUGAUCCUUUGCAGGGUCUCUCGGCUUCCGCUUCGCUGGUGUCCCUGGCCUGGACGCUGGCUUCUUACCAAAAGGUGCUGAGGGACUCCCGGGAAGACAAGAUGCCCAUGUCCUACAAGGGGGCGGUGACGCAAAUCCUCUGGCACCUCUUCACCAUCGCCGCCCGGGCCAUCGCCUUCGCCCUCUUCGCCUCUGUGUUCCACCUCUACUUUGGGAUCUUCAUCGUCACCCACUGGUGCAUCAUGACCUUUUGGAUCAUCCAAGGCGAGACGGAUUUCUGCAUGUCCAAGUGGGAGGAGAUCAUCUACAACAUGGUGGUGGGCAUCAUCUACAUCUUCUGCUGGUUCAACGUCAAGGAAGGCCGCAGCCGCUGCCGCAUGUCCAUCUACUACGUCAUCAUCCUGUCGGAGAACGCCGCUAUGACGGGCCUCUGGUACUGGUUCAGGGACCAAGGCGGGGUCUCUGAGUCCAACGCCUUAAUUGUUGUCUGCGUGGUCACCUCCAGCUUCGCCUUAGGGGUCUUCUUCAUGUUCAUCUACUACUGCCUCUUGCAUCCCAACGGAACCAUUUUCGGGCCGCGCGGCGGGGGCUGCAUGUGCGGCGAGGAGCCCACCGCGGUUCCUUGCGGGGCGGGCCCCCCGGCCGACGUCAUCACCAGCCCCCCGCGCUCCUUGCCGAGGACUACAGGGGCCGAGAGGGAGGGCGUGCCGGGGGACAGAGACAGCUGCGUGCCGGUCUUCCAGGUGAGGCCCAGCGUGCCCCCCACCCCCGUCGCCCGGGCCCCACGGACAGAGGGGCCCGUCAUCCGCAUCGACUUGCCCCGCAAGAAAUACCCCGCCUGGGACGCCCACUUCAUCGACAGGCGCCUCCGAAAGACCAUCCUGGCAUUGGAGUACACCUCGCCGGCUACUCCGCGCUUGCAGUACCGCACCGUGGGGGUUUCACAGGAGCUGCUGGAGUAUGAGACCACGGUGUAAAGCGGAGUCCCCCCCCCUCCCACAG